AAAAAUACCAACGAUGUCUCAAAAUCAAAACAAAAAGGAUUGUUUUAUAUUCCAAAUAGUUUAAAGUUCGUAUGCGAAGUAAUCGAUAGAGAAUGUGCAGCCGCGGGACCAUAUUCAGUUAACUCUGAACUAUUACUUCUAUUAGAAUCAUUAAACUACUUGGAAAAGGCAUGCAUUGCAAAUUAUUUCUGCAAGCUACCAUGGAAUGUGGCCAGUGUUAAAGUCCUUGCAAGUCUCAAUCAACUGCGAAUACUCACUUCCUCGGAAUAUAUAUUAAACCAAACCGACGAUGAACACGUUCAACUUGUCUUAAAUGACUUCCUAGAAACUGAAUUCAAUUUAAUGGCCAAUUUAAUUAUAACUGCUCACUAUGACCUCAUGGUUGGUUCAAAAAUAAGCGAAUACAUCGACGAAAGUAUUCGUCGUCUUAUAGCUGAUCUAGAAAAUGACCCAAAACUGAAUAAUUUCGAUUAUAUGUUCGCUUUAAAUAACUAUCUACCUAAAGAGUUAUACUCAAAAUUUUUAGUGAGUCAUUUGAAAAUCAUCAUCUCAAUGCACAAACGAUCUACAAAAAUUGCAUUUGCAAGCUUCUCAGAUUGGAUGAAAAAUGACUUGGACGAUUGCAUCCUCCUUAGCAAUUUUUAUAAAAAAGCUAUUGUUGGAAAUGAUUUAGAAGUUGUUAAAAGUCUGCUCGCCAUUUCAACUGGGGAAAACUUUUUAGGUUGGAAAAACUAUUUGAUUCUUUUAGGUCUUGUAACAAAAAAUUCCACAAUAGAAUGCUAUUCGUACACUAAACGUUUCCUUAAAGAUCGCUUAAAAAUUGUUCCUGAAACUGAAUCAAAGGAAGUCAUGGCUCAUUUGCUGCUCUCAAUUCGUACAGUUCUUAUGUUUCAAAGCGAUAAAAUGGAAACUUAUGCUAAAUGGUAUAAACAAUAUAUUGGCGAUAUGAAAUUUGUUUUCAAUGUAACAGAGUUUAAAACAAUAAUCUCUGUUUUAACUGACUUAGUUCCAUACGAAAUGGAUGAAGAAUAUUUAGAGGUUCAUGUAAGAACAUCAAUAUCUCCACCCGCUAUGUGCAGUCAAUUAUGUCGAGAUUAUAAGCUACUAUGUCAAACAAGAAUGUCAGACGCAGGUGAUUGUUCGAGAUUGUUGGAUAAUGAUGAUGAAAUAUUGUCUGAUGCCGAAUAA